CAAAUGCAUUGUGGGCUAUUGGAUGAAUUGUAAUGGCGGCGAAAACGAAGGGCUUGAAUCUUUUCUUGCUUUUUUGGUUACAUUUGUUGCUUGCGCCUUCGUUAUUAUUUUGCAAUGCAGUAAAGCUAGUGUGGGAUGAAAAUGGAUACAUAUUGUAUUGUCCUUGCAUGGGUCGAUUUGGGAACCAGGCAGAUCACUUCUUGGGAUCAUUAGCCUUUGCAAAAAUGCUGAAUCGAACACUUGCAGUUCCUCCCUGGAUCGUUUACCGACAUCAUGCGCCCCCCUAUACAAAUAUGCAUGUUCCCUACAGGGAGUUCUUUCAGUUGGAGGCUUUGGCGCAGUACCACCGGGUCGUGAGUCUGGAAGACUUCAUGGAACAACUAGCCCACACUCACUGGCCUCAGGGAGUCAGGGUGGCCUACUGCUUUGAGACAGCUGCCCAUCGCAGUGCUGACAAGAAGACCUGUCCCAUGAAGGAUGGAAAUCCUUUUGGUCCAUUUUGGGACCACUUUGGUGUGGAGUUUGACAGGUCUGUGCUUUUUGGGAGCAUAUCUUUCAGUGCCUACUAUCAGCCACACUGGAUAAAGAAGUUUCCCCCCUCAGAGCACCCUGUCCUGGCUCUUCCAGGGGCCCCAGCCCAGUUUCCUGUGCUGGAGGAGCAUGUUGGCCUGCAGCAGUACGUGGUGUGGGCAGAAGGGAUAGUGCAGCAGGGGGAGCAGCACAUCCAGGAUCUAUUGAUCAGGCCCUACUUGGGCAUCCACCUGAGGAUCGGUUCUGACUGGCAAAACGCGUGUAAGCUGCUGCAGAAUGGGGAGACGGGGCCUCACUUCAUGGCAUCUCCCCAGUGCGUGGGUUACAACCGUCAGAACGCCCUGCCCCUCACAAUGACAAUGUGCCUGCCAGAUCUGGCGGAGAUCCGCCGCGCGGUUAAGCUCUGGGUCAAGAAGACCAAAGCCCGCUCUGUCUACAUCGCCACCGAUUCUCAGUCCCACAGUGGUGAAAUCCAGAAGCUCUUCAAUGGCAAUGUGAAAGUAGUUAGCCUACAGCCAGAUACAGCGCAAGUUGACCUGUACAUUCUGGGCCAAUCGGACCAUUUCAUUGGGAACUGUGCUUCCUCCUUUUCCGCUUUCGUGAAGAGAGAACGCGAUGUCCGUGGCCGACCCUCGUCAUUCUUUGGCAUGGACUACCCUGGGAAGAAGAAGGAUGAACUUUAAAAGAUCUCGUUAUGGAGGUCUGAGUUUUAACAGCCGUUGAGGAAAGAUGCUGGUCAGUUUGUUUACUGAGACUGAAGUACCUGUAGACUGGAUAAAAGAAUAGCACUUGUAGACAGGUAGUUUUUUGGCGUUUUAUAAUGAAAGCACAGGAAUAUUUUCAAGGUAAUUUGGAUGCCUGGUGUACUCAUCCUUUAAAAGGACAGUCUGUAUUACAUUAUUAUUAUGAAAGCUCAAAACUAGUGUGCAGAAACAUUUUACAGUUUGAGUGUAGAUAUGCAGCCUGUAUGCUUACGCAAACCAGCUGGAAUCAAGGGGUUUCUAAUUUCCACAAUACAGUCUUUGCUAUAUAUAUUGCAAUUUGCAUACCAGUCAAGGUGAAGGGAGCUCAGGUCGCUUCAUUAAGUCCCACUGCCCCUGUAUAAUGUUGCCUGAUCUCAUGUGCUGUGACUUUUAGAAGGGCCACCCUUCAUGUGUAUGAUAUACAGUAAAGGGAACAUGGGUGGGGUGGGGUCAUAGGGGGGAGCAGGACCCUUCUUUUUUCCAGGAGCUGGAAACUGACACACGUUCAUGCGCAGUAACUGAUCCUGGCAGAUACUAAUUAUAGGGGUGGUCCUGUCAGUCUUGCUUGCCUGUAACUGGCUGGCUAAUGGUGUUUGGUGAAGAAUUACUUAACUGGUUAGUCACUGGAGCUCUUCAGCAGGAUGAGCUUUUUUCAAGCCCUUUGCCAUACUUGCAGGCCAAACAUCAAAUGACAUAAGCUUAAAACCAAAGUGGCUAAACUCUGUGCAACCCUUUUUAUGCUGAUAAUUUCUUUGUCUUUAUCUGGAUAAUGUGGGGGAAAACAUUUGCCCUUUUUUGUAAUCCAGUUAUGAUUUCAACCUGGAAAAGGAUGGAGAUGCUGAGCCCCCUCUUUUGGCUACUGCUUGCAUAAUGCAUAUCCAGAGAAUAAGACCCAAGACCAAGCUAUGUAACUGAAAUACAUCUGCACUCAUGUCUGCUCUAGUUUUAAUUGAACCUGUUUCUUCAUUAUCAAGGAAAUUCUUGGGUUUAACAGGCAAAAUGCUUCUCGCCAUUUUACAUAAGUGCAGUUGGGAUAUAAUACCUGGGGCCACAGUAAACAUACUCCACUAAUUUUGGCCACUGAGCCACUUUUCCCCUCUGAUUUACAUCGUUGAAUAAUAUUCUGCAACAUUUUGCUGGUUUGACUUGCCUCUAAUGUAUAGGGCUACAACAUGCUUUGCUCAGGUUAACAAAUGUAUUGUGAUAUAAAGUUGUAAAGACAAGAUCGUUGAUAUCGUGGGCUUGAAGUGGGGGGUGUUUGAUUCAAAUAUUGAAUGACAUGUCAAUGGAACCACAGAGGUGGUUUGUUAAUAAACCAAACCCAUGGUUGAACAUAAGAUUUGAGUAAAAACACAUUUACAUUAA